AUUCCUUCUUCGCCUCCCUAUAAAUUCUUUUCGAAAUCAAAUCCGCACUUUAAAUCUUCAAUCCGUCCCAGCGCAUCGAAACUCAAAAAUUCCAAACCGUCUCUGUUUUUCAGCAAUGGCGAUGAUCCGAAUCCGCAGUCGCGAUGGACUGGAGCGCGUCCGUCUCCCUAACCCUCCGUCCUCUACCACCAUCUCCGACCUGAAAUCCCUCAUCGAGUCCCAGCUGCACGUGCCCGUCACGUGCCAGACUCUCUCCCUGAACCAGAACCUUCUAAUUGCAAAAAUCCCCUCCGACCUCCAAACCCUCUCCCUCGACUCCUCGGUAGGUCCCACCACCCCCCUCUCCUCCCUCAACCUCUCCAACGGCUCAAUCGUCUACCUCUCCUACCCGCCUGACAUCGACCGCUCCGUCCCGGCACCCGCCGCCUUCUCCCCUGCCAAUUCCUUCGGCCGCAACAAGAUGACGAUCGAUGAUCUCAUUGCCCGUCAGAUGCGCGUCACCCGCCAGGAGUCUCCGCACUGCGAUUCGGUCUCGUUCGACCGUGAUGCGGCCCACGCCUUCCAGCACUACGUCAACGACUCCCUCGCCUUCGCCGUCAAGCGGGCAGGGUUCAUGUACGGCCGCAUUGCCGACGGCGGGCGGGUUGAGGUGGAUUUCAUCUAUGAGCCCCCACAGCAGGGGACGGAGGAGCAGGCGUUGCUGCUGCGUGACCCAGAUGAGGAGGCGCUUGUCGAGGCCGUCGCACUCGGGCUCGGGAUGCGGCGGGUCGGGUUCAUAUUUAGCCAGGCAGUCGGGCAGGACAAGGGGGAUUAUACGAUGUCGGGUGCGGAGGUGCUGCAGGCAGCGGAGAUGCACGCUCAGAGUGGGGUCCAGGAGUGGGUCACUGCGGUGGUGAAGCUGGAGGUGAAUGAGGAUGGUGGGGCUGAUGUGCACUUCGAGGCGUUCCAGAUGAGCGACAUGUGCGUCAGGUUGUUCAAGGAAGGGUGGUUCGAGACAGAGGUGGGCGAGGAGGGCUUGGAUCCGAAGCUGUCACGAAUGAAGAAGGAUGUGGUUGUUGGGGGGAAGGACACGAGGGAAGUGGACAAUGAUUUCUUCUUGGUGGUUGUGAAGAUCUUGGAUCAUCAGGGCCCACUUUCAUCAACUUUCCCUAUUGAGAACAGGAUGACUUCAGUUUCGAUGAGGGCGCUGAAAAACCACCUGGACCGGACAAAGCACCUCCCGUUUGUAAAGCGCAUAUCUGAUUUUCACCUGCUACUUUUGCUCGCAAGGUUUUUAGAUGUCAAUGCAGAUGUGCCCGCGUUGGCAGAGUGUGUGCAAACGCAAAGCCCUGUCCCAGAAGGUUAUCAGCUCUUGAUUGAAUCCCUGGCCAGUGCAUCCUGAGAUCAUAGCCUUCAUGCCCCCUUUUUGGAGAACCAAUGCGAUUUCUCGUGUGGGUCAAAAUUGAAGAACUCAGGACAUGACCGACAUGAUCGGUCAUCAUGAGUCGAGAUCUUCAUCGCCUUUUGCCACCAUACAUGACAUUGGAUUGGCAACAUUUGGUGGCGAGUGAUUCCCGUAGGAGUCCGUUUGGAUAUUAGAAUAUUGGGUUUAUUUAAAAAUGUGUAGUGUUUAUACAAAAAUGCAGUAUGGUGUGAGGGAUUAAAAACAUUGAAUGGAUUCUAUGAUUUGGGUUCCUCAGCCAUUGUAGAAUCUUGCAAAUGCCCUUCCCCUAGUUUCACGCUGCUGUCAUAUGGGUUCAUAUGGAUAAUUUAUCAUUCCUUUCUGAA